AUGAAUGAUAUCGAAAAUACACUUAGACAAAUUCAUAGUACUGGUAAUCCUAAGGAUGACACUAAAGAAAAAAGACGACUUCAACGUCAAUUGACAAAUCCUAUUUCCGAAACACAACCUAAUACAAUUGGUAGUAAUCCAUCAACAUGUUCGGAUCUUCUUCAUUCAGGAGCAUCAAUUAAUAAAAAUAAUACUCUAGCUAGUCCUGCAUUAUCUACAACUCCAAAACCUAGUUCAGUGGUAGCAACACCUGGCGCUGGAAAUUCAAAUUCAUUGCCUGGUCAUCAAUCUGGUCGAUCAAAAAUAAAUAGUCAUCAUCUAUUAGAUCAACAAACAUUAAAUCUAUCAGACAGUUUAAAUACAACUGGUAAUGAUGGUGAUCAUAAUAUUUCUUCAUCAUCAGCAUUAUCACGUAAAAAAAAUUUAUCAACAUCUGAUCUUGAUCCAUUUGAACGUAAAAAACAAGCUGCAUUAGCUAAAGUUGAAGCGAAAUUAGAAAAAGCACAACGUUUAUAUCAAAAAGCUCAACAAAGUGUUGAACAAGAAAUAUCAGAUUUUCUUCGUGUUACUACAAUACCAAAUAUACCAAAUACAAAUAAUGAAAUAAGUACUUCUCGAACAACAAAUGCUACAUUUGAUAAACGUAUACGAACAUUACAAGAUACAAAAAAAGAAUUAGAAAAAAAAAUUGCUAAUUAUCAUACUGAUAUUUCACGUAUAAAUGCCGGUGAAAUACCACAUAAUUAUACAUCAUCAAAAGAUAUACUUAGUAAUAUAAAGAAUACAGCAGCUAAAGUGGCUGGUGGUAGUUUAAAAUAUCGCUCAACAACUAAUCCAGAUCAAACAAUAACUGUAUCAACACCAAAUACAAGUGAACAAACGAUACCUUUCCAUUAUCCAGAAUCGGAUAGUCAUUAUCAUAAUCCAAAUUCAUCAACAACAUUGAUACCGUCGUUACCACAACCACCGUCAACCAUAAUAACCACACCCACAAGUGGACAGAUAAAUAAUAAUCAAAAUUUAUUAUCACAAAGUCAAUAUAGUAAUACACAUGAACCUGCUCAUUCAACUAUCUCAAGUUCCGUAACAAAUGAAAUUGGAAAUUCUCAAUUUUACAUUGAUUCAAGUUCUGAUGGAUCAACAAUACACGAUAAUGAUAAAUCGCCAUCAACAAAGCGACGUUUUACUGAUGAUUCACUUGUUGAAUCUAAUGAUCGAAUAUCAGAUCAGUCAGUUGAUGAUCGAUGUACUAGCACUGUAUCGAAACGAAAUACAUCAACAACAACACUUGAAUAUCAACAAUUAAAUACUAAACUCGAUUCAAUGCAAAAACUUGUUGAUCGAUAUGAAAUAAAAAUAAAUGAAAUGCAAAAACAAAUUGAUUUGUUAAUACUAUCAAAUGAUACUCAACGUGAACAAAAUGAACGUUUAAAUAAUGAAUUAACGGAUUUAAUGGAUUUACAUCAAAUUGAAAUGUCAUCAAUUAAAACAGAUUUAAAAAGUUUAGAAGAUCGACUUCUAUAUAAGUUUAAUGAUUAUUGGAAUGAAUUACUUGAAAAAUUAGAUAAACUUGAUACAAGGACUGCAAAAGUUGAACAAACUCAAACACAUUCACUUGAAACAGAAGAAAAUACGCAUCGAAUUAUAAGUAAACUUGUCAAUAUUGUAUUGACUGUUUUUGCUAUUAUUCUUCUACUUUUAUCAACAAUAAAAAAUAUUGUUCAAUCACGUGUUCAUGCCAUGACUUUGUUAAUUCUGGUCAUUGUUUGGAUAACAUUUCAUUAUUUACCUCCAAAUUAUUUCCAGACAUCAUUUUUAAAAAACUUUCCAAAUGUGUUCAAACGAACAUCAUGA